AUGGUUGCGCUUGCCAUCGGCUUUGGUCGCUGCUUCGGCUCCAGGCGCGAGGAGAAGAGGGCUACGCCGACCCCGCUCCGCAGAAGCCUCCGCGGCCGGCGGGGCUCCCGCACCGCCAACUGGGACCGCGUGCUGAUGGUGGGGCUUGAUGCGGCGGGCAAGACGACAAUAACCGAGAGGAUGUCCCAGGGCGGGCGGGCGGGACAGGCAGGCGCGGCGGCGGUGGCGAGGCAGCCAACCAUCGGGUUUGCCGUGGAGCAGGUCGAACAUGCCAAAUGCGCGUACUCACUGUGGGACGUUGGGGGGCAGGACAAGCUGCGCGCGCUCUGGCACCACUUCGUCAUCGGCGCCAUCGCCGUCGUAUUCGUGGUCGACUGCGCCGACCGCGAGCGCGUGGCGACUGCGUGCGAGGAGCUGCACCGUCUGCUCGGCGAGCCGGAGCUGCCCGCCGAGGCUGCUCUGCUCGUCCUAGCGAACAAGCAGGACGUCCAGGGCGCGAUCCAGGCCGACGAGCUCACGAAGCAGCUCAAGCUGGAGCCGUUGCAGCGCCGUUGGCACAUUCAGGAGACUUGCGCCGUGUCGGGGGAGGGGUUGAGCCUGGGCUUCGAUUGGCUCUCGUCCAACGUCUCGGAGCAGCGCUCCUCACGAGGCUCGGCGGCGGCGGCGGAUGACAUAUAG